GCGGCAGCUGUUGCAUUGUGGCGGGGAGAGGCGGCGCCGGGCGAGGGAUGCGCUGGUGCUGAUGCUGCAGGGAUGUUGCAGUAUUUGUAGCGGCGCCUGCUGAUUGGUGGGCCGGCCCGGGGUGACGUCAGCGGCCGGCCCGGUGCAGCCGGAGGCGCCUAUAAAAGGCUCCGGCAGGCACCCGGCCGCUUUCUGCAGCCCCCAGCCCGCUCCGCUCCUGCGCCCCCGAGCCGCCUGCACCAGCCACAGCCGCCACCCCGGGCCAGCAUGAGGGAGAUCGUGCACAUCCAGGCGGGCCAGUGCGGCAACCAGAUCGGAGCCAAGUUCUGGGAGGUGAUCAGCGAUGAACACGGGAUAGACCCCAGCGGUAACUAUGUGGGAGACUCCGACCUACAGCUGGAGCGGAUCAGUGUCUACUACAAUGAAGCUUCCUCUCACAAGUAUGUACCCCGGGCAAUCCUGGUGGACCUGGAGCCUGGGACCAUGGACAGUGUUCGAUCGGGGGCAUUUGGACAUCUCUUCAGACCUGACAACUUCAUCUUUGGUCAGAGCGGUGCUGGCAACAACUGGGCAAAGGGGCACUACACAGAGGGUGCCGAGCUGGUGGACUCUGUCCUGGACGUGGUGAGGAAGGAGUGUGAGAAUUGUGACUGUCUGCAGGGCUUUCAGCUCACCCACUCCCUGGGCGGUGGCACUGGUUCGGGCAUGGGUACCCUUCUCAUCAGCAAGGUCCGUGAAGAGUACCCCGACCGGAUCAUGAACACUUUCAGUGUGGUGCCUUCGCCCAAGGUGUCUGACACGGUGGUGGAGCCCUACAACGCCACCUUAUCCAUCCACCAGCUGGUGGAGAACACGGACGAGACCUACUGCAUUGACAACGAGGCCCUUUAUGACAUCUGCUUCAGAACCCUUAAACUGGCCACGCCCACCUACGGUGACCUCAACCACCUGGUCUCCGCCACUAUGAGCGGCGUCACCACCUCCCUGAGAUUCCCUGGCCAGCUCAACGCUGACCUGAGAAAGCUGGCCGUCAACAUGGUGCCGUUUCCUCGCCUCCACUUCUUCAUGCCAGGCUUUGCCCCCCUCACAGCCCGUGGCAGCCAGCAGUACCGAGCCCUAACCGUCCCCGAGCUCACCCAACAGAUGUUUGAUGCCAAGAACAUGAUGGCUGCCUGUGACCCACGUCAUGGCCGCUAUCUGACUGUGGCCACGGUCUUCAGAGGCCGCAUGUCCAUGAAGGAGGUGGAUGAGCAGAUGCUUGCCAUCCAGAGCAAGAACAGCAGCUACUUCGUAGAGUGGAUCCCCAACAAUGUCAAGGUGGCCGUCUGCGACAUCCCCCCCCGGGGGCUGAAGAUGUCUUCCACUUUCAUCGGCAACAGCACAGCCAUCCAGGAGCUUUUCAAGCGCAUCUCGGAGCAGUUCACCGCCAUGUUCCGCCGCAAGGCCUUCCUGCACUGGUACACGGGCGAGGGCAUGGAUGAGAUGGAGUUCACUGAGGCAGAGAGCAACAUGAACGACCUGGUCUCCGAAUACCAGCAGUACCAGGAUGCCACGGCUGAAGAGGAAGGGGAAAUGUAUGAAGACGAUGAGGAGGAAUCUGAGGCCCAGGGUGCCAAGUGAAGCCUCUAGAGUGGGCCUGCAUCCAGUUUCUUACCAUGAAGGUCAAGCUCCUACAGCACCCUACUGUCCAGCAUAGUCCUCCAUCUUUGCUACCGGUUAGCUGAGUACUAGACAACAGCUAUUUAGUUGCUUCUGAUUAAGGGUUCCAAAUUUUAAAUCAUUCAGUAGUUACUAACCAUCUCCCCUCCCCAUCCUUGAGUUAGCGCAUCUGUACCCUGUCCUCAUGACUCCAAUCAUGUCAAUGACCCUGAUGUUUGAUUUUUUUUUUUUACUGGUUUGUCUAUUUUUAUUUUUUUGGAAUACUUAAUAAAUGUAUUGCUGUCCAGUA